AUGCUCGAAGAGUUCAUUUUUGGAAUCAAAGAAGAACAAGAUGUUGAGAAAAACACAGAGAUUGAAACCAAACCAAAGGAGGUUAUCGACCAGAGAAUGACACUUUUUGCCAACCAUUCAUUCCAAGUUUCUCAAGGAAACUGCGUUCGUUUUCCAUCGAAUCAAUUUGGAUACGGUUUAUCCAAUUAUUCUCCAUAUUUUCUACAAGAUUUCACUCAAGUUCUUAAUCGAUAUAUGCAAUUAGAAGCGUACUGUGAUGCAGUUGAUGACUUAUCAGGUCCACUUCCAAAGUCGGGAAAAGCACCAAAUGAACCAGAUCUCUUUCAAGCUCUCUUCUUUCCAAAAAGUAUUGCUCCGAGAACUCCAAUGAAACCAGUUGCCUCAACUCAGAUGACUGAACAAACCCUCUCUGCAAUGUGGUUUCGUCUCGUAGCUCAUUAUUUCGAAUGGCUCGCUGGAAUCUCAGAAUUACAGUAUCUCAACGACCAAGACAAACUUCGUCUGGCAGUUUGUCAACUCUGUAAAGUCAUUUGUUUCUCUGUCGUCUAUGCAAAUUAUGGCUCGAAAAAAGACGGAAAUCAAGAUUUGUUAUUCUUUGGAUCAGGAUUUUAUUGGGAUCCAGCAAGAGGAAAUGACCAAUUAAUGAAUGAUUACUGUCAGGAGAUGAAAAGAAUCAUCAAUCAAGUGAUUCGUCCAGUUGAAAAAGUUUCAAUGACAAAAGAGGAAUUUGUUCUGGUCAAAUUGAUUCUUCUCUUCGAUUGCACCAAUUUGAUGGGAAUGUCAUACGAAGGUCUUGAAUUCACGAGGUCAAUGUGCAACAAAUACAGAAUGACACUGCUGAAUUAUGUCACUUACGGAAUGGAAGAAAUAUCAGAUUCUGAAGGAUGGAGUGAAGAUGAAAUCAAGAUUCAGACAAUCGAAAGAAUGAGGAAUCUGUUGGAUUUACCUAUCGGAGUGGAGAAACUUGGAAAACUAGAUGAUGACAGUUUGGCUGAAAUGGUUCAGAGCAACUACGGUGGAAUGCGUGGAACUCUUCAACAACAGAUUCACACUGAAUCCAAGAAAAUGCGAAAUCAUUGA